AUGGCCAGUCCAGCUAUGGUCGUGCCAUCAGUUAACCCUUCGCAUGCCCAGGGCAAUGGCCUGGUAACAGCACGGGAUCAUGAGCAGUGGUACAAACAGCGCCGGAUCAUGGACCCUGCGUUCAGCAGCCUGUAUCUGAGAGGUCUGAUGGGAACCUUCAAUGAGAGGGCAGAGAAACUGAUGGAUAAACUUGCAGAUGUUGCCGACAGUAAAACAGAAGCUAAUAUGCUCCAGCUUGUCAACUAUGUUACCCUGGAUGUUAUUACUAAGGUUGCUUUCGGGGUGGACUUGGACCUGCUGAAGAACACUUCACAGUUCCCUAAAGCCAUUGAGACAUGUUUGAAAGGGAUGGCUCACUACAUUAGAGACAACCUUUUCGAGUUUAAUCCAAAGAACAGAGGAUACAUUAAUGAGGUGAGGGAAGCGUGCCGCCUGCUGCGCAAAACUGGAUCUCAGUGGAUCGCUGAGAGAAAGGCCGCCAUUGAAAACGGUGACGAGGUCCCCAAGGACAUCCUGACACAAAUCAUCAAAACUGCCAACCAAGAGGAAAUCAUGACUGAAGAAGAUGAGGAGUUUAUGCUGGACAAUUUCGUGACAUUCUUCAUUGCCGGCCAAGAAACAACAGCCAAUCAGCUGGCUUUUUGCAUCAUGGAACUUGGAAGACAUCCUGAUAUACUGGAGAAAGCGAAGAAAGAAGUGGACGAUGUUAUUGGGAUGAAACGUGAAAUAAGCUACGAUGACCUGGGCAAGUUGGUCUACCUGUCACAGGUGCUAAAAGAGACUCUGAGAAUUUAUCCCGUAACUCCGGCCACAUCUCGUGAUAUUGCUGAAGACAUGGUCAUUGAUGGUGUCCACAUACCUGGAGGGUUUGUUGCUGUAUUCAGCUCCUAUACAUGCGGGAGACUGGAGAGAUUCUUCAAGGAUCCACUGAGAUUUGAUCCAGACAGAUUUCACCCAGAUGCUCCCAAUUACUGCUACUACCCCUUUGCCCUCGGUCCUCGCUCGUGUCUGGGAAAGAACUUUGCUCAGAUGGAGGCUAAAGUGGUGAUGGCCAAACUGCUCCAGAGGUUUGACUUCACUCUUGUCCCGGGACAGACCUUUGACAUCCUGGAUGCUGGAAUGCUCAGACCUAAGAGUGGAGUAAUUUGCUCUUUCGCUCACAGGGAAUAAAAAGAAUAAAUGGCCAUAAAGCACCAAUACAUU